GCGCCGCCUGGGAGUGCGCCGAGCUCCGCCCGCCGCCGCCCGGGGGAGGGAGACCGGCCGGGCGGGCGGGAGAGGCCGGGGAGCCGCGCCGGGCCUGCGCGUUAGGCCUUUCCUGAUUAAACCCCGCCAGACCCGGGCCCGCGUCUCCCCGCCCGCCGCCGGCCGUUCCCCACAGGCGCUGGCGGGCAGCCGGGCAGCCCUGAGGUGCUUCGGGAGGGGCUGGAGCUCGGUAGGCCGCGGUGUUACCGCCGGCCCCGCGUCUUAGCCCGCCGACACAAAUUCACAGCGUAAAGCCCGUGGCCGGUCCAGCCGAGAAGCUGUUAAUCUGCUUGUACGCUGAGGAAAAGGUAGUGAAAUGUCUUAUUUCUGCCUUUUGGGGGCGUGAUGGACACUCAUCCUGCUUCCCGAGGUCAGGUAUCUGAAGCUGUUGAGGCACCUGAAGUUUGAAAUGAGGUGGAAAUACAUCCGAAAACGAGGUAGGAGCUAAGGCUGGGAAGACUUAAGCCUGGAGAAAGCGCAUCUCGUAAGGCGAGACAGCGACGGAGUCGAGCAUGUGGAAGUUCUGCCCCUAACACAGCUUUCGGAAGGUUGUUCUGCUCCUACAGACCGGCCAAGCUCCUCACCUGGACAGUAUAGCAGAUACAUAAACAGCUGGGGUGGCACACUGACAAAUGCAAGAUGUCGAUGGAUAUAACUUUCCUCGGCACAGGCUCAGCGUAUCCCUCUCCCACGAGAGGAGCAUCGGCGUUAGUGCUUCGCAGGGAAGGAGAGUGCUGGCUCUUCGACUGCGGAGAAGGAACUCAGACACAAUUCAUGAAGAGCCAUCUCAAAGCAGGCAGAAUUACCAAGAUUUUCAUAACUCAUCUUCACGGUGACCACUUUUUUGGACUUCCUGGCCUGCUGUGUACACUCAGCCUCCAAAGUAGCCCUGACCCGAGCAAACCCCCUGUUGAUAUUUAUGGGCCGUUAGGACUGCGAAGCGUCAUAUGGAGGAGCAUGGAGCUCUCCCACUCACAACUUCUGUUUCCCUACACCGUUCAUGAACUCGUACCUACACGGGACCAGUGCCCUGCAGAAGAAUUUAAAGAGUUUUCUUACUUGGACAGAGAUGAGGUACCUCUGCAGGGAGCACAAGGGAGAAUACUCCACCUGGAUCCAGUAGAAAACUCUUACUUGCUGGUUGAGGAUGAGCAGCUAGUUCUGAGAGCAUUUCGCCUAUUUCACCGCAUUCCUUCCUUUGGCUUUGUGGUGGAAGAGAAGCCCCGCACCGGUAAACUCAAUGUACAGAAACUGAAAGACCUUGGAGUUCAACCAGGCCCUUUAUACGGGAAACUGAAGAACGGAACAGCAAUCGUUCUAGAAAACGGUGUAACGAUUUCUCCUUCAGAUGUCUUAGAAGACCCCAUUCCUGGAAGGAAAAUUUGCAUUUUGGGGGAUUGUUCAGGAGUGGUUGGAGAUGCAGCCGUGAAGCUUUGCCAUGAAGCGGAUGUACUGAUACAUGAAGCCACGCUGGACGAUACCCAAGAGGAAAAGGCAAGGGAGCAUGGUCAUAGCACUCCAAAAAUGGCAUCGAAUUUUGCAAAAUCGUGUAAAGUUAAGAAGCUGAUUUUGACUCACUUCAGUCAGCGGUAUAAACCAGCUGCUCAGAGAGGUGAGGGAGAUACGGACAUCACCGAACUGAAGAGACAGGCAGAGUUGGUGUUAGGUGGUCAAGAAGUAACGCUAGCUGAGGAUUUUAUGACGAUAGAAAUUCCAAUGAAAAAGUUAAAACAGUAGGCUUAGCGAUCUCUGCGUGAAGAUGUAAAGUAGGAUGGUGUUGGAUAGCACUUAAAAAUAACGGUGAGGUUUCUGGUAUCUGAAUUGGUUCUCUUCUGUGGCACACAGAGAACUGUUGGAAACUGGAGAGAGUACCAGGUACAGUUAGCGCUGCUUUUGUAAAGCGAGAGAAAAGGAUAUACAGACAUCUGGAACUUGGAAUAAAUUCAUAAGUGAUGGUUUCGGACACCUAGCCUCCCCAGAAACAGAAUGUGUGGGCUGGCGCAAACCGUCCCAGCCCAGGGGUUUUCCUUGGACCACAGGUUCCAAGAGCAGAGCACUGGAUCAUUUGGCUUAUUAAUACAGCCCUCAGGAAGGUUUGUGUUCUGCACCAGAACUGAAGAUACCGUGCCUGUUAGCAGCUUUGGAAUAAAAUCUAUUUCAAACUUGUACGCAGUAUUUUGUAACUGUUAUCCGAUUUCCAUGUGAGAGGGCUGUUACGCUGAAACUAAUCAAGUAUUUAUAACUCUGCCAGGUGGCUGUAAUUGGGGGUGUUGCUGUGUUCAAGUUGAGGAGCUCUUGUAAUUCUCCCUUUGUGUAUGAAGUUUUCUCAUAAAUAAAUAUAGUUCAGGCUUCCUGUCAAAAGCUAAUCG